GAUUAAGUAUUUUAAUACUUGUAAGAACAUGGUUUUAUGUUUAUAGUUUCACAGAGGUUCGUAUAUACAGUAUAUAGCCUUCGAAGGCAAUGAAAAUUCUUGCUGUAAUUUUAUUUUAGUCUUAAAUCCCAUUUUAUUUGUCGUUAUUGUCAUUGUGUGGUCAUGAAAAAAGCAAUUACCAUUAGUCAUAUCGUUCUUUCAUUAUGGACAAAACUGCGAAAGCUGAAAAUCAAUCUGAGACAAACACAAGACAAAAAUGGAUUUAAUCUUUAUUCUAAGCUAUUUUGGGCUACGAUGCCUUUGUCUCUUUUGUGGACAAAUCAACAAUGAUGUCUGUCACUGUUACUUGUCACUAUUGUGAUUUGUGUCUACAAAAACUCAUAGACCUAUAUAGUAAAAACUGGCGCCAAAAUUGUUCCAGUAGCAAGUGUAACAAUAGUGCUAAACAUUAUUAAUAUGAACAUUAUUAAUAACAAGAAUUUAUAACACAAUAAAGGUUAAAAGUAAUUAUUAAAUAUAUAAAAAAGUAUGGAUUUCAAAGUUAAAAGAAAAUCUACCAAAACUCCAGCAACAGGUAAUCAAUUCGAACUCUAUCCACAUGACUUACAAUUGUACAAAAUUCCACCGGUUGAAAACAUCACUUUACAAGAAUUUGAAACAUUAGCUCUGGAGCGUGUAAAUUUGUUAAGAACGUUGUCUACAGCUACAACUCUUCGAGGGUUGCGUUUAAAUUCAGAAGAAUUUGUGGAAUUCGUACUAAACGAUUUACGAGCACAGGGUUUGAAAUAUUAUGCUAAAUUGUGUGAGAAAUCGGGUUGUGGAUCUACUAAAGCAGAUUUUGAAGCCCGAAGAAAAGAUCACAUUGCUCAUUUUAUACUCCGACUUGCUUAUUGUCGGACUGAAGAGUUGCGACGUUGGUUCAUCGCAAGGGAAUUGGAACUAUUCAAAAUGAGAUUUGCUGUCAUGAGAGGCGAAGCGGUAGAGGUAUUCUUUAAACUAAACAAUCUAUGUUACACUACUAUUUCUGAAGAUGAAAAAAACGAAGUAAUACAAAACUUAAUAGAAUCUACACCCUACUCUAAAAUAGACAAUAUGAAAUUCUAUAAGGUUAAAUUCUUUGAAGUUCUAGAUUUGGUUAAAGCAAGAAAAGUAUUUCUUAAUGAUGGAUACGCUUAUAUACCUCACAGAGAUUUCAUAUCAGUUCUUGCAGCACAGUAUCGAACACAUUUAAAACAAAAUUUGGCCAAAGCUUGCCAUCAUCUGUGUGAAAUUGAACAAGAUGAACGACUUGUUUGUUUGUUAAAAGGCUUACAUCAAUCUUAUUCAGGUAAUGAUUAUUCUGAAACUAAAGCUGUGAUACCCAUAGAAAGCUUGGACUCUAUUUCAACCAAGUCAUUUCCUCUGUGUAUGAGGCAACUUCAUGAACAAUUAAGAAUUGCCCAUCACUUAAAACAUGGGGGCAGGUUACAGUAUGGCUUGUUCUUAAAAGGUAUUGGUGUGACACUGGAAGACUCUUUAAGGUUUUGGAGGGAAGAAUUCAUUAAGAUUAUGGAUUUGGAUAAAUUUGAAAAGCAAUAUGCUUAUAAUGUUAGAUACAAUUAUGGAAAAGAAGGAAGCAAAAGGAAUUAUUCACCAUUCAGUUGUCUGAAGAUUAUAAAUACCAAUGUUGGUCCUGGAGAUUGUCAUGGAUGUCCAUUCAGACACUGUGAUACUGGUGUUCUAAAGAAUAAACUUAUUGGCUAUGGUUUUAGUCAUCAAGUUGUUUCUGAUAUAGUGGAGUUGAGCAAGAAAACACAUUUCCAAAUUGCCUGCAGUAAAUAUUUUGAUGCCAUCCACAAUGCAGAUGUUGGUUUAGGUAUCAAUCAUCCUAAUCAGUUCUUUGAGGAGAGUCAGAAAAUAUUGAAAGGAGAAUUGAAAGUACAACCCAAGAAAGAAAAUCUUGUGAAGAAAGAUAUUGUUGACAGCAUAGAUGCUAUGGAUUUUGAUGAGCCACUGGAAUGAUCUAACACAACAGAAAUAAAACUUAUUUCAUAUUGCAA